AAGUCAAUCGCCGGUGGCUGCGACGCAGUCGCGGUACGGGCGACUGACGGGCGGGCGCUUCGCUGUUUGAAUGGCUACGGGCCCUGGCCCUCACCUCACCUGAGGACCUGCUGUCCAGGGGUGCACUAUGCCGUCCGGAGGCGACCAGUCGCCGCCGCCCCCACCUCCUCCUCCAGCGACUGCAGGCUCGGAUGAAGAGGAGGAGGACGACGGCGAGGCAGAGGACGCCGCGCAGCCGGCUGGGUCGCCGACCCCUCAGAUCCAGCAGCGGUUCGACGAGCUGUGUAGCCGCCUCAACAUGGACGAGGCGGCGCGGGCCGAGGCCUGGGACAGCUACCGGAGCAUGAGCGAGAGCUACACUCUGGAGGGAAAUGAUCUUCACUGGUUAGCAUGUGCCUUAUAUGUGGCUUGCAGAAAAUCUGUUCCAACUGUAAGCAAAGGGACUGUUGAAGGAAAUUAUGUAUCUUUAACAAGAAUCCUGCGAUGUUCAGAGCAGAGCUUAAUUGAAUUUUUUAACAAGAUGAAGAAAUGGGAAGACAUGGCAAAUCUACCCCCACAUUUCAGAGAACGUACUGAGAGAUUAGAAAGAAACUUCACUGUUUCUGCUGUAAUUUUUAAGAAAUAUGAACAUUUUCAAGACAUUUUUAAAUAUCCCCAAGAGGAGCAACCUCGUCAACAGAGAGGAAGAAAACAGAGGCGACAGCCCUGUACCGUGUCUGAAAUUUUCCAUUUUUGUUGGGUGCUUUUAUAUAUGCAAAAGGGGUAAUUUCCCCUGAUUAGUGAUGAUUUAGUCAAUUCUUAUCACCUUCUCCUGUGUGCUUGCUUGGUUUAUGGAAAUGCCCUACAGUGUUCUAAUCGUAAAGAACUAGUGAACCCUAAUUUUAAAGGCCUAUGUGAAGAUUUUCACACUAAGGAUUCUAAACCUUCCUCCGACCCACCUUGUGUCAUUGAGAAACUCUGUUCCUUACACGAUGGUCUAGUUUUGGAAGCAAAGGGAAUAAAGGAACAUUUCUGGAAGCCCUAUAUUAGGAACUUUAUGAGAAAAGGUCUCCUCAAAGGAAAAGAAGAAAAUCUUACAGGGUUUCUGGAACCUGGGAACUUUGGAGAGAGUUUUAAAGCCAUCAAUAAGGCCUAUGAAGAGUAUGUUUUAUCUGUUGGGAAUUUAGAUGAAAGAAUAUUUCUUGGAGAGGAUGCUGAAGAGGAAAUUGGGACUCUGUCAAGGUGCCUGAACACUGGUUCAGGAACAGAGAGUGCUGAAAGAGUACAGAUGAAAAACAUCUUGCAGCAGCAUUUUGACAAGUCUAAAGCACUUAGAAUCUCCACACCACUUACUGGUGUGAGGUACAUUAAGGAGAACAGCCCUUGUGUGACCCCCAUUUCUACAGCCACACAUAGCUUGAGUCGUCUUCACACCAUGCUGACGGGCCUCAGGAAUGCACCAAGUGAGAAACUGGAACAGAUUCUCAGGACAUGUUCCAGGGAUCCAACCCAGGCUAUUGCUAACAGUAAAGAAAUGUAUGAAAUAUAUUCUCAGCAUUCCCAGCCAGAAGAGGAUUUCAGUAAUUGUAAUAAAGAAAUUGCCAGCAAACAUUUUCGUUUUGCAGAGAUGCUUUACUAUAAAGUAUUAGAAUCUGUUAUUGAGCAGGAACAAAAAAGACUGGGAGACAUGGAUUUAUCUGGUGUUCUGGAACAAGAUGCAUUCCAUAGAUCACUCUUAGCUUGCUGCCUUGAGGUUGUCACUUUUUCUUAUAAACCUCCUGGGAACUUUCCAUUCAUUACUGAAAUAUUUGAUGUACCACUUUAUCAUUUUUAUAAGGUAAUAGAAGUAUUCAUUAGAGCAGAAGAUGGUCUUUGUAGAGAGGUGGUAAAACACCUUAAUCAGAUUGAAGAACAGAUCUUAGAUCAUUUGGCAUGGAAACCAGAGUCUCCACUCUGGGACAGAAUUAGAGACAAUGAAAACAGAGUUCCUACAUGUGAAGAGGUCAUGCCACCUCAGAACCUGGAAAGAACAGAUGAAAUUUGUAUUACUGCCUCCCCUUUGACUCCUAGGAGGGUGAGUGAAGUCCGUGCUGAUACUGGAGGGCUUGGAAGAAGCAUGACAUCUCCAACUUCACUAUACGAUAGGUACAGCUCCCCAACAGCCAGCACUACUAGAAGGCGGCUGUUUCCUGAGAAUGAUAGCCCCUCUGAUGGAGGGACACCUGGGCGCAUUCCUCCACAGCCCCUAGUCAAUGCUGUGCCUGUGCAGAAUGUAUCUGGGGAGGCUGUUUCUGUCACACCAGUUCCAGGACAGACCUUAGUCACCAUGGCAACUGCCACUGUCACGGCCAACAAUGGACAGACAGUGACCAUUCCUGUACAAGGUAUUGCCAAUGAAAACGGAGGGAUCACAUUCUUCCCAGUGCAAGUCAAUGUUGGGGGGCAGGCACAGGCUGUGACUGGCUCCAUUCAGCCCCUCAGUGCUCAGGCCCUGACUGGAAGUCUGAGCUCUCAACAGGUGACAGGAACAACUUUGCAAGUCCCUGGUCAAGUGGCCAUUCAACAGAUUUCCCCAAGUGGACAACAGCAGAAACAAGGCCAGCCUUUAGCCAGCAGCAGUGUGAGAUCCAGGAAAACGAGCUCAUUAUCACUUUUCUUUAGAAAGGUGUACCACUUAGCAGGUGUCCGCCUUCGGGAUCUUUGUGCUAAACUAGAUAUUCAGAUGAAUGAGGAAAAAAUUUGGACCUGCUUUGAAUUCUCCAUAAUUCAGUGUACUGAACUUAUGAUGGACAGACAUCUGGACCAAUUGUUAAUGUGUGCCAUUUAUGUGAUGGCAAAGGUCACAAAAGAAGACAAGUCCUUUCAGAAUAUCAUGCGUUGUUAUAGGACUCAGCCACAGGCCAGAAGCCAGGUGUACAGAAGUGUUUUGAUAAAAGGGAAAAGAAAAAGAAGAAAUUCUGGCAGCAGUGAGAGCAGAAGCCAUCAGAAUUCUCCAACAGAACUAAAUAAAGAUAGAACCAGUAGAGACUCCAGUCCAGUCAUGAGGUCAAGCAGCACCUUGCCAGUUCCACAGCCUAGCAGCGCCCCUCCUACGCCUACUCGUCUCACAGGUGCCAACAGUGACAUGGAAGAGGAGGAGCGAGGAGACCUCAUUCAGUUCUACAACAACAUCUACAUAAAACAAAUCAAAACAUUUGCCAUGAAGUACUCACAGGCAAACACAAUGGAAGCACCUCCACUCUCCCCCUAUCCAUUUGUCAGAACAGGCUCCCCUCGCCGAAUACAGUUAUCUCAAAAUCAUCCUGUCUACAUUUCCCCACAUAAAAAUGAAACAAUGCUUUCACCACGAGAAAAGAUUUUUUACUACUUCAGCAACAGUCCAUCAAAGAGACUGAGAGAAAUUAACAGUAUGAUACGGACAGGAGAAACUCCAACUAAAAAGAGAGGGAUUCUUUUGGAAGAUGGAAGUGAAUCACGCAAAAGAAUCGGUCCUGAAAAUCAUUCUGCCUUAUUACGCCGUCUCCAAGACGUAGCUAAUGACCGAGGUUCUCACUGAGGUUAGUCCCUGGUAUUCAAACUAUCUGUUCACAAAUGGUUUAGCAGCAUCAUUUAAUGCAUGCUAGAUUAUGGAGCCUUUUCCUUAAUCCAGCUAAUAGAGACUGUUAGAAAUAGGAAAGGGACAUUUUAUGAGAACUAGACUCUUCAGUCUCCUCCUGUCCCCUCUGUGCACUUCUCCCCUUCCCCUAGUAGGUGUGGCAGUGUGAAAAGUGAUUGUUCAGUUGUGCAAUGUCUGAAUGAACCUGUAUAAGUGGCGGCACUUUAGGGCUGUAAAAUGCAUGAUUUUGUAACCCAGAUUUUGCUGUAUAUUUCUGAUGGCACUUUCUACAAUGUGAACUUUAUUAAGUACAAAACUUCUAGGCUAAAUAGCCAAUAUUUUCUUUAACAUUUUUGUACUUUUUUAAACUGUUUUAUGCCCUAGUAAGCCACCUUUUUUGGGCAUGCUUUUUAAAUUCUCCAGUUGUUAUAUAGGGAUCAGCUGGCUAAGGAAACAUUUUUAAAUCAAGUUGAAUUGAGAUAAUUAAUAUGAAAAUUAUGACCUCUUUCUUUAGGAGGUAGUUAGCCAAAAGACAUGUAAAAUAUGUUUGAGUGUGUUCCUAGCAGUCUAAAAAAAUAGGUUGGAGAAUUUAGGUUUUUAUUAGUACAUAGUACCAUUUAUACAAAUUAGAAAAUAUUAUUUAACAGCUAUUGAACUCUAUAUAUCCUUAUUAAUCACUAUUGCUCCAGCAGUUUUAAAGUUGAAUUAAUAAUCUUAUUAGGGAAAAAAUUCAAUUGUAAAUUGAAUCAGUAUAAACAAAGUUACUAGGUACUUCAUAUGCUCUAAAAGAAAUAUGAAACUUACACUGUUCAAUUAGAAUAGUGUUCUGCAAAAUAUUUAUAAAAACCUCAAGAUACUGCUACUGUAAUUUUAUAUCAAAAUAAGUGUAUUUUUCAAUAAAGCAUUUAUAAAUUCA